ACUUUAACAGUGUAUUGUUUACGUUUUUCUGGCGAUCUUCAAAUAAGUUUAGUUUUUAAUUUAAAAUGGAAAUAUUAAACCCAAAAUAUCAGGUUUUAUCGAAUCUUGAAGUCUUGAUGGCUUUACGUGAAAUCAAGGAUCAAAAGUUAUCUCAAGGUGCACGAAAUUUAGCAACAAUCACAUAUGAGACAAUUCAAUAUUUAGAAAACACUCCAUGCAAAGAUCAAUCAGAAAUCAACCUGCUUAAGUUUAUAACCGAAGUGAAGCAGUUUAAUAAGUUGACAAAAUCUGAAGUAUUAUCUAUGGUCAACGAACCACCAUCACUACCACUUCACAUACAACUAAUCGUUGAAGAUCUAGAAGAGCGUUUAACAGAAUCUCAGGUUGACGAGUUGAUACAGUUAUCAAAGAAAUAUUUGAUCCCAUCAACACAUGAUUCCAGACAUGAAUAAAUUUAUCCAUUUAAAUAUCUAAUUAAAUAAAAACAACAGAGUGAUACAAUCAAUAUCAA